GUUGCUGCUUGAAUCCGAUUGGUCCGUUUCAAACCGAGACCGCGGCCGUGUUGUUGUGUUUAUCUCGACGUUGGUUAGCACACGGAAGAAUAUUUUCCUGUCUCUGUACCGAAUGUACCAAAUAUAACUGCCAGGAUGAUGGAGUCGAGCCUGAGCAACAAGGCCGAUCGACGAGAACAAGUAGAGGUCGACGAUUUGAAAAGAGACCUCUCAUCAGAAUUCAGCUCCUUACCGGACUCUCAGCAUUCCAGCAUCGAGGAGAGAGAACACCUUCAGGUCUACCUCCGAAUCCGACCCUUCACCUCGGUAGAGAGCAAUAAUGGAGAGUCACAGGACUGUGUUGCCAUCGAGCCCCCAGACACAGUUCUGCUGAAGCCUCCCAGUUUGUCCCUCUCAGCGAGGCUUAGCACUGACAAAUCUCUUCCACAGACUGGGCAGCGCUUCCAGUUUUCUCAGGUUUAUGGUCCUGAGACAACACAGAGGCAGCUGUUUGAAGGCACAGUCAAGGAUUUGGUGAAAGAUGUUCUCGAAGGAGGAAACUCUCUUGUUUUCACUUAUGGAGUCACCAACGCUGGGAAGACCUUCACAUUCUUAGGUCCAGAUGCUGAUGCAGGUAUCCUGCCCAGGUCUCUUGAUGUAAUCUUUGGCAGUAUUGAAGAACAGGUUUUCACUGGGAUGAGCGUCAAACCUCACCGCUGCCGAGAGUUCACAAGACUCACGAGGGAGCAGCAGGCUGAGGAAGCCGUGUUCAAGAGAAACCUCUUCAGACAACUUAAAGAGAGUGAGAAGAGCAAUUCCAGCCUUUUGAACUCGACCAAUAAGACUCUCCUUGAAGGAGCCUCCAUCCUGGGGACAACUGUAGCAGCAGAGGACAGGAUCAGCCUGAAGGUGGAAACGCACACUAAGUUCUCUGUUUGGGUUUCUUUCUGUGAAAUCUACAAUGAAAACAUUCACGACCUCCUGGAGGUGGUACCCACCGGGGCUCAGAGGAGGACAGUGCUGCGUCUGUCACAGGAUGUCAAGGGCAACGCCUUUGUCAAAGAUCUGCGUUGGGUUCAGGUAAACAGUGCAGAAGAGGCUUACAAGGUGAUGAAGAUGGGCAAGAAGAACCAGAGCUUCUCCUCCACCCGACUCAACCAGCUCUCCAGCAGGAGUCACAGUAUUUUUUCCAUUCGCAUUUUGAAGAUUGAGGAUAUUGGGACUCCAAGGGUCCACACAGUCAGUGAGUUGUGUCUGUGUGACCUGGCUGGCUCGGAGCGAUGCGCCAAGACCCAGAAUAAAGGAGAUCGCCUGAAAGAAGCUGGAAACAUCAACACCUCGCUGCUCAUCCUGGGAAAAUGCAUCAAUGCACUACGACACAAUCAGCAGGCAAAGCUGCUUCAGCAUGUUCCCUUCAGGGAAAGCAAACUGACCCACUACCUGCAGAGCUUUUUCUGUGGUCGAGGUAAAGCCUGCAUGAUCGUCAACAUCAACCAGUGUGCCUCCAAUUACGACGAGACUCUCAACGUCCUCAAAUUCUCUGCUGUGGCACAGAAGGUCGUGGUUCUGUGCACCCGACCCCUUCCCACUGUACCCCAGAAGUCCGCCAGUGAGGUAUCCUUCAUCAUCAACAAAGCUGAGAGGAAGGCUCUUCAGAGCAGCAGGAGGAGCUCCUUGAUUGGCUGGGAGAGUAGCCUGGAGGAUGUACAGGAGGAUCUGGAUGAUGAGUAUGAGGACGAAAACAGCCUGAUGGAGGACACCGUUGAUCGGACUGGCAAUGAAGAAGAUGGUGAUGAAAAUGAUGAUAACAUUCUCAUCAGUAAAAAGACACAACAGAGGCAGGUGGCGCUGUUGAAACAGCUGCAAGUACAGCUGAAGAGGGAGCGAGCGGAGAGUCUGCUCAUGGAGGCGCGAGUGAGAGAGGAAAUCAGCAGAGAGUUCUCGGAGCUUUUCUCUGAGAUGCAGAAUGACUACAAUGAGCGCCUGGGAAGAGAGAGAGAAAUCUUGGAGGAGCGAGCAGAAAGGAGGCUGGAAAUCUUCAAGAACCUUAUUGACAAAAUGGCCAAUGCAGGAACCAGUCGAGACGCACAGGCCAUGGACAAAUCUCUGGACUCACGCUCCUCCGAAUUGGCUGCCAUAAAGAAGGUCGCCGAGGCUGCUCAUAAAUGUCUGGGUUCAGGCCAAGCGGGGCCUUGGGCAGACAGAAGUGUCGCCGUAGAGGAGCUGGAGAGGAAGGUGUUGGAACUGAACGAGCACCAGCAGAAAGUCGGAGAGCAGAUGGCUCACAAACAAAACGGUGAAACCAGCGGAGUAGAGGAGGAGGAGGAAAGGAAGCUUCUCUUUCAGCUCCAGGAGAAGUCGUCAGAGAUUGCCCGCUUGAAGAACCAAGUGGAAGACCUGCAAAGGGUGGCAGAGCUGGGCGCACAGGGCCGUUCCUUGCUGGUCGAAGAGGGGAGUUCACGUGAGAGAGACCAGCUGGAGGAGGCGUUGACUGCCCUUGAGAAGGAGAAGAAAGCCAGAGAAGAGGCCCUCGCUGCUUUGGAGUACCAGACUAUGGGCAAAGAGGAGUCACUGGCAUCCUUAGAGGAGGAGAGGAAAGCAAGGGGGGAGGCCCUCGCCAUGCUCGGGGAGCUGAGGCGAAGCAAAGACAAGGUGCUAGCAUCCCUCGAAGAGGAGAGAAAAGACAAAGAGAAAGCCAUGGCAGCCCUUGCUGAAGUGAAGCAAAGCAGAGAGGAAGCACUUGCUGCUCUUGGUGAAGAGAAGAGUGGCAAAGAGGAGGCUCGGUCUGCUCUGGAGAUGGAGAGGAAGGAAAUCAGCAGACUGGUUGAGCAGAGAGAAAAGAAGCAACAGGAGGGUGAUGCACUUCAACGGGAAGUGAGGGAGCUGACCGCCAAACUGGAAGCAGCAAAGCACCAGGUGACGAGCGAGACAGAGAGAGCAGAACAAACCAUAGUCCAGCUACAGUCUGCUCAGGCACAACUGGAUGAACACUCAAAGGAGAUCCGGGAGAAAACUUCCCAGAUCCACACCCUGACGCUGGAAACUCAAGGCCUGAAACAGGAGCUGCAGACAUCCGCAGCAUCAUCAGGUGUUGUCAAUGAUCAGCUGAGAGAAGAAGUGUCGAAGCUUACGAAGAAUCUGGCUGAUGAAAAAGAGAAAAGUGAGAGCAGGCACAGACAACUGCUGGAGCUGGAGCAUGAGCUAGCGCAGACAAAAGAACAGCAGCUGGAGAAGCUUAAUCGACAGGAGGAAGCUUCAAAACAGCAAGUUGAAGAGCUGAGAAAGAAGCUUCAGGAGCAAGAACAGAUUUCACAGCAACCACUGGAUGAGCUGAAAUCCAGGCUUGAAUGUCAAGAGAAUGCUUCUAAAGAAGAAGUAGACAAGCUAAGAGCAAAGCUUGACGAACAAACAAAGGCCUCGGAAAAACAGGUAGAGGAGCUCAAUGAGAAGCUGCGAGAGCAAAAAGCGACAUCACAACAGCUGUUGGAGGAGUUAAAACAGAAACUGAGUGAACAGAAAGAAACCUCCGACAAACACCUAGAUGACCUGAAGCAGAAGUUCAGCGAACAGGAGCAAACUGCAGAGCUGCUUAGGGCUGAACUAGAAGAGGCAAGGUUUAAAGAUUCAAGCGGUUCCUCUACCUCUGCUGCUGAAGAAGAUCUCAAGAGGUUGAACUCUGAUCUCCAGACAGAGGUUGCAUCCCUGAGGGCGAAGGUUUCCACCAUGGAAGAAACAAAGGAGUCUCCUUGCAAAACUGAAGCUCAGCUAGCCUCUUUAGAAAUGGAGAGAAUGUUGAAGGAAAGGGACAGACAGAUGGAGGAGAAGCUAGCAGAGCUGGAGAAAGCGUCUGCAGAGAGAGAGGCAGAGCUGCAGAAAAAGCUGCUGGAAAAGGAAACACAGGUAACAUCCCUGCAGAAGAGCCUGCAUGAGGCGCAGGAGCGGCGGGAGGAGGAGGAGAGCCAGGCAGUCCAGGAGACGCGGCGCAGGGAGGUGGAAAGGCGCAGGGAGCUGCUGGCUGUGGCACAUGAGGCCAUUGCUCAGAAGGACGAGGAGCUGGAGAAGAGAGCCGAGGAGAUCUGCAGACUGAAGGAAAAUGCCAAGCAGGACUCCGAAAAAGUCAAGAGCCUCAGCCUCGACCUCCAGAGGAAAGAUGACGACACAUCGGACCUCAGAGAGAAACUGGCAGACUACAAGAAGCAGAUCCAGCAGGUCCAGAAAGAGAUUUCGGCCAUGAGAGAAGAGGAGAAGGUUUUGAGGCAGAAGCUGGCCGACGUGGAGAAAGCCAAGAAGCAGCUUCAGUCUGACCUUGCCAGCAGAGACAGAACCAUUCAGCAACUCAAAGUGGAACAGUCCUCUGACACCAAGUCCGACCAGACACUGCAGCUCUACCAGAAGUCCUGUAAAGACCUUGAAGCCAAGCAGCGAGUGAUAGAGGACAUGCGUUUGGCUCUCACGGAGCAGGAGGAGACACAGGCACAGAUGGACGACGUCCUGGAGGAGAAACUUAACCUCAUCCAGGAACUCUCCGGUGAAGUGGAGAAAUUGAAAGGGGUGUUAUUACACCAGGACCCUGGAAACGACACACGUCAUCUAGUCCUCAGCCCGUCAGAUGACCUCAAACUGGCCAAACAGGAGGCUGCACAGGCUCAGGAAAGCUUGAAGCUGUGUACAGAAAAACACCAGUCCGAACGCAAAAAGUGGCUGGAGGAGAAGCUGUCCCUGAUUGGCCAAGCUAAAGAGGCGGAGGACAAGAGGAACCAGGAAAUGAGGAAGUUUGCCGAAGACAGAGAACGCUACGCGCGGCAGCAGAGCCAGUUGGAGUCCCUGUCGUCCCAGCUGGCUGAGAAGGAUCAGACCAUGGAGAAGUGGAGGAAGGAGAGAGACACCCUGGUAGCUGCUUUGGAGGUCCAGCUACAGAAGCUUCUCUCCAGCCAAGCAGAGAAAGACAAACUCAUCCAGCAGCUACGCGAAAAUAACACACCGCCACCACAGGAGUGUGGUGUCGGCGGUGUCGGCGUGGCAGAGCUGCAGGCUGCUCUGUGUGAGAGGGAGGCAGACAUCCAGCGACUGAAGGAAGAGCUCAAGGCCUCGGCAGCCAGACAGGAGGACACAGUCACACAGACUAAAAGCAACGAGAGCCCUGCUACAUUGGUAGGGAAACCCCAGAGUGAAACCAUCAUCAGGAACUCUGGAGGAAGAAGGGAUACCAGAGCGUCAGUCAGCAGUCAAGGCUCAGCUGGCUGUCCAUCAGUGCUGGACUCCUCUGAGAUUUCCACAGAAAAUGGCAGGACGAGCCGCUUCCCCCGGCCGGAGCUGGAAAUCUCCUUCAGCCCUCUGCAGCCGAACCGCAUGGCUCUGCGACGCCAGGGAGAGGAGAGCGCUGUCACUGUCAAAAUCACCCGCUCAGCACGCAAGAGAAAGAGCGGCGAGAUGGAGAAGGAAGAGGUGGAGGCAGAGAAUAGAAGGAACACCAGGACCAAACUGACGCCAAAGCUGACCCCACACCAGGAGCAGAUCUCUUCCCCAGCGAGUCGCCAUGACUCCCACAGCAGCAUCCGUAGCAGAAAAGAAGGAACGCUGCAGAAGAUCGGAGACUUCCUGCAGAGCUCUCCCACGCUGCUCGGCACUAAAGCCAAGAAGAUGAUGAGUCUGGUGAGUGGACGGGGUGAUGCAGACCCAGCAGCCUCCUCUUCCUCCUCUUCAUCCCUCAGUCUGAGAGCCAAGAAGAACAAAAAGAAACUGUACAGGCCUGAGAUUUCCUCCCCGAUGGACAUGCCCUCACACCCAAUCAUCAGCAGAGAGCCGGCGGAGAAAGAGAGCGACCACCAGAUCAUUAAGAGACGUCUCCGCUCCAGGAUGGCUAAAUAACUAAGCCUCAUAUACCACUGUACACCACCUCAGCAAAUGAGGGGAGCAUUUAGCCGCUUACAAGGCCAGCGGUUGUGUGGCAAGGCGCCAGUUAAAGGAAUACUUCAACAUUUUGGAAAAUGCGCUUAUUUGCUUUUCCUGCCGAGAGCCAGAUGAGAUGACCGGUGUCAGUCAUGUCUGCGUGUGGAGCUAGAGCCAGGAGGGAGUUAGCUUAGCAUAAAGACUGAGAGCCUGGCUCUCUCCAAAGGUCAAAAUACACCUCCCAGCACCUUUAAUGCUCACUGACAUGUUGUGUUUUUGUUGUUUAAUCCCUACACAAACAGAAAUCCAGCAGCAGUUUGGGCUUUUAGGGGGAGAUACAUGCUGGAACUACUUCUUGACAAGCAACAGCUUCUAAGCAGCAGCCUCGCCGCUUCCAGUCUCGAUGCUAAGCUAAUCGAAUAAGACUGGUAUCCGUCUUGUCGUCUACCUCUCUGCAAGGAAGCAAAUACGCAUGUUUCCCUUAAAUCUUAGACUGGUCCUUUAAAAUACUGAUCUAUAUUCAAUUUUUGGCUGAUGCUAUUAUGUCCACAUUUAUCAUCAAAUGACUCCAGAGUCACUGCAUAUACUCGAUUAAAUAGUAAGCACUCUAAAUUUGUAUAUCUUUUCUAUACACCAUAUUGAUGCUGUUUUUUUUUUUUUUUUAACUUUGAUGUGCAAUCUAUUAUUGAAGUCUCUUGGUUGUGCUGGAGUCUCUUGGUAUUUUGUGUAUUAUUGGUUUAUCUUUACCUUCUGAGUAAGCUACAGCAGUUAAAAAAAUGUAGCCCGAUUUUUCACAUCUAUCCGAUGUUAUCCUGUUGUGAAAGGCAAUUUCUCUCGGUUUAUAUAGUGAACCACCAACUUACCGGUUCUUCUUCUUCUGAAAGUGAUAUCAGCAUAGCUACUGAUAGAGCGUUGAACCCAUCUCACGUUUUCGGUUCAGAUAAUAAGUCCGAUAUCUCUGUAGUUUACUUUGCAUCCAGGUGCAGAGCAACCACCGUUCACUUCACGCUCGAUAAACUCCUACUGCACUUUACCUCCUUCCAGGAACAAGUUUUUCAAGAAAGGAAUGAAAAUGUGACUGCACACUAAGGCUAGAUAGAUGGAGGAUAAAAUGAUCAAUGGUUCUACUGUGUACUUGUUACUGAGACACCUUCAUGCAGUUUUCCAGUAAUAGUUCAGGGUUUGUUUGUUUUUUCUCCUGUCUGCUGAGAGCCAGGACGUUAGGGCUCGUGGACGUUGAGCUCUCCGUAGCUCACUCUAUUCUGUUCUAGAUGAAGGAUUUGCUGAGCGUUUUUCUUCUGUACACUACAUUAAAAUUUUGUUAAAGCUG